UGGGAUGUUUCAAGAAACUAGUGGUCGCAAAGAAUUUGAUGCAUUGCCAUCACUCACACAAUACAUGCAAACAAUUGAAGAACGCUUACAAGAUGGAGUUCAUGCUGGUAUUGCUUGUAAUUAUUGUGGUAAGAGUGAAUGGAAAGGAGCAAGAUAUAAAUGUUCAGAGUGCCCUGAUUACGAUUUGUGCUUUGAAUGUAUCGCAAUUUCUAAUUUGCUUCAUAACGUGCAACAUCAUUUUCUGGUAUUUUUGAAUCCCUCAGAUUCAAAGGAAGAUUCAAAGGAAAUUCCAAAAGAUCUUUCUGCUGCCGAUAUUACCAUCUCCCCAAUACUUCCAACCAAGAAAGAAGAUUUGUUAACCUUGUUACGUGAAGAAGAGAAGCGAAGAUUUUCACCUAAAAUACAAAAACGGUAUUAUGAAGUUGGGAGCGAUCCUACAUUUGGCAAAGACUGGAUGGAUGUUACAGACCAAAUGCAACAUGAAUUAGUUAGAGAAUUUGGCUAUUCAGAUGAGGCAGUACAAUUA